AUGGACUCUUCCAAAUUAUUUGGAGAAGCAGAAGAAUGUAAUAGCAGUGAAUCAGGUUGGACAAUGUAUAUUGGCUCUCCUUCAAAUGGUGAGGUUGAAGAUGAGCUGGAAAAUGAGGAUUUUGAUGAAUUAGAAGACAAUAAUAAAGAAGCCAUUAAUAGCGACGACAAAGAAGAUGGUGACACUGAUGAUUCAAUGGAUUCUGAUGCUUCUUCAGGCCCAAGUCAUAGGCAGUAUAUUACUAAAAAUGGAAAGAGUGCUGGUCUAGCCAAUAUGGUUCAUUACAAGAAUCCAAAGGAAAAGGGUAAGGAUCACAAAGUUUGCAGCUUGAACAACAAAGCCAAUAAUUCAAUGAAAAGUGGUUACAAGAAUGAAGUCAAGGAAGAAGAGUCUGUUUUUACUGCAAAAGGAGCACCUUCAAAUGGUGGUAAUAAGGUUAGGAAAAGUAUUUGGAUGGGCAAAGGAAAGUAG